UGAACAGACUGAUUGGCUUCUUAUGAUGCUGAACUGUUCCAGUAUGCAACAGCGGUCAUCCACAGCAUCAGCUCGUGUGAUACAUGCAGUCUAGACAGGACUCCAGCCUUGUCGCAUGACACAGUGCAUGCAGUUUAUAUUGGUGGAUAAUCAACACGAACAUACUGUUUCCCUCAGAGCCAGCAGCAGUCCUUUUUCACAUAACAGUUUUCGGUUGAGAUCAGGUCAGACGUCCGUUUCUGGGUCCAGAUGUUCCUCAACAUGGUGCUGGUGGUCCUGACGGACCUGGCUGCCCGUUGCCUGGGUAACACGGUGUUCCGGCAGCACUUCCACCUGUUGCUGUCGGCGGUGGUGAUGUUCGGCCCGGCGCUGAGCCUCUGGGUCUCCCAGCACAGCGUCUUUGCCAAGAGAAGCCACUUCCUGUACAGGAUGUUCCUGCGCUCUGGGUGGGGGUGGACCUGCAUCUUUGUUGGGUCAUUCGUCUUCCUCCUCUCCUUCUCCAUCCGUCGCUCCCUCUCUCUCUCCAUCCGUCACCUCUCCCGGCUCGGGGUGGCUGGCGGCUUGUGGCUUGGCUUCUGUAAAGUCCUGGACCUUCUGGAGAACGCCACAGGGAGCUGCUAUGAACCUUUACUCGCCAGCCCAGAGGUCACCAAUGGACAGCCUCUGUUGGUGCUGCGAGAGGGGGAGAGUAAGUCUGUGUGCCUCAAAGCCGGGAUGCUGUGGAGGGGGUAUGAAGUUUCAGAAGACGUCUUCCUCCUCUGCCUCUGCUGCCUGCUGCUGGCUGAGGAAACGGCAGUGUUUGGACCUUAUCUGAGCCUGGGUGGGAUCUCAGAUGCCCCUCUGAGGAUCCUCUUCCUGUUCUGUGUUCUUCUGCUCGGCCUCUGGAUCUUUCUGCUGCUCUGUCUGUUAGCUUACUUCCCUCAGUUCCCCACGCAGCUGCUGGGGGGCGCUCUGGGCUGUCUGAGCUGGAGGGGACUGUACCAGGGCUGGUACCGCCUGGGGCCCAGCUGGUGCUGCCCUGGGAGGCCUGGACUGGGACUGCUCAACACCAAGUCCAGCUGUGCUGACGCAGAGGACACAAAGCUGAGCCAUGAUGCGAUUAACUGACGAGACGGACUGUAACACCGACACAGAGAAGAACUAAAGCAGUGACUGCUGCCUGCCACUGAAGAUUAUCUUACAAACAAAUCCUGUUGAAACAAAUGGACAAAGUGUGCUUUCAAAAAUGAACCUGUGU